CCUCUGUGCUCUGAUUGGCUGACGCUGCAGUGAUGCUCUCUGCAUCCUGCUCCCACCGUCGACAGGGCAGGAGGGAGGGAAGCUGGAAGCGCGGUCGGGAAAAUCAUCACAACACAGGGGGGGGGGUUAAUUAUCCAUUAUACCGUUCUCCUCAUUUGGUAGAGAAACUGACACUCAACUAAACAUGUCUGCAGAAACAGAAGUAGCUGCUGUUACCAACUCGUGACUGCUGGAACAACACGUCCUACGCGCUGAGAGGCUGAUCAGCUCUUAGAAAGUCUCACCUUUACACCCCGGGAACUGUGAGCAGGUUAACCCAGAGGCCACCAGCAUGCCUAUCAACGAUCCAGAAAGCAUACUGAGCUACCAGAGGCCAGAUGAGGAGGUGGUGGUGGACCAGGGAGGGACCAGCUCAGUACUGAACAUCCACUAUGAGAAAGAGGAACUAGAAGGCCACAGGACCCUGUUUGUGGGGGUCCGGAUGCCCCGGCAGAGCCACCGUCACUCCAAGGCCCACGGCUCGCGCCAUCGCAAGAGAGACAGACGGGCUGGAAGCCAUGCGACACAACAAAGCGAGGAAGCUGAGACAAAUGCCUCCAGUCACGACACACCGUCCCAGCGGGUCCAGUUCAUUCUGGGCACAGAGGAAGACGCUGAACAUGUGGCCCACGAGCUUUUCACUGAGCUGGACGAGAUCUGUGUGAAGGAUGGCAAGGAUGCUGAGUGGAAGGAAACAGCCAGGUGGCUGAAGUUUGAGGAGGACGUAGAGGAUGGCGGGGAGAGGUGGAGCAAGCCGUAUGUUGCUACUCUCUCCCUUCACAGCCUGUUUGAGCUCCGCAGCUGCCUCAUCAACGGCAGCGUGUUGCUCGAUAUGCACGCUGACAGCAUCGAAGAGAUCGCAGACAUGGUGCUGGACCACCAGGAGGCGUCCCAUGAGCUGGACGACAGUGUGAGGGUAAAGGUGCGUGAAGCUCUUCUGAAGAGACACCACCACCAAAACGAGAAGAAGAAGAACCUGAUGCCCAUUGUACGCUCCAUUGCAGAGGGAACACGCAAACAGUCCGAGACCCAUCUGACAGGGUCAGCCACAUCUCCCGUACCUCCUCCAGCCACAGAGUCAGCUAAAAAUGGAGGCGGACAGGACAGCAACCAGGUGGACCUCAGUAAGGUGGACAUGCACUUCAUGAAGAAGAUUCCAGAGGGGGCUGAGGCCUCUAAUGUCCUGGUGGGAGAACUGGACUUCCUGGAGAAUCCCAUUGUUGCGUUUGUGCGCCUCUCCCCCGCUGUGCUUCUCACAGGGCUUACUGAGGUCCCCAUACCUACCAGGUUCCUCUUCAUUCUCCUGGGCCCCGAUGGAAAGGCUCAGCAAUACCACGAGAUUGGACGCUCCAUGGCCACCAUCAUGACAGAUGAAAUCUUCCACGAUGUAGCGUACAAGGCAAAGGACAGAAGUGACCUACUUGCUGGGAUAGACGAGUUCCUGGAUCAGGUGACGGUCUUGCCUCCGGGAGAGUGGGACCCCUCCAUCCGUAUCGAGCCCCCAAAGAUGAUCCCCUCUCAGGAGAAGAGGAAGAUGCCUGGAGUCCCUAAUGGCACAGCCUGCCAGGUGGAGGAAGAGCUACAUGCUGAGCACCACGGGCCAGAGCUGCAGAGAACUGGAAGGUUAUUUGGCGGUCUGAUCCUGGACAUAAAAAGGAAAGCUCCGUUCUAUCUGAGUGACUUUAAGGACGGCAUGAGCCUACAGUGUGUGGCCUCCUUCCUCUUCCUUUACUGUGCCUGCAUGUCUCCUGUCAUCACGUUUGGAGGACUGCUGGGGGAAGCAACUGAGGGACGCAUUAGUGCCAUAGAGUCCUUACUGGGUGCUUCUAUGACUGGAGUGGCCUACUCUUUGUUUGCUGGGCAACCUCUCACCAUUCUCGGCAGCACAGGUCCUGUGCUUGUUUUUGAGAAAAUCCUCUUCAAGUUCUGCAAAGACUUCGACCUGUGCUAUCUCUCGCUGAGGACUUGCAUUGGCCUGUGGACGGCCCUGCUGUGUUUGCUGCUUGUAGCCACAGAUGCUAGCUCUUUGGUGUGCUACAUCACACGGUUCACAGAGGAAGCCUUUGCCGCCCUCAUCUGCCUAAUCUUUAUCUACGAAGCCUUGGAGAAGCUUAUUCAUCUUGGAGAAGUGUACCCCUUUAAUGCACACAGUGAUCUGGACAAACUCACUCUGGCUUACUGCCGAUGUACAGAGCCUGAUAAUCCCAGUAAUAAAACCUUAGAACUGUGGAGUAAAAGAAAUAUCACAGCCUUUACCGUACCCUGGGCCAACCUCACUGUGAAGGAGUGUGUAAAUCUGCAAGGCCAGUUCGUUGGGACAGCUUGUGGCCACCAUGGCCCCUACACCCCAGACGUUCUCUUCUGGUCCACCAUUUUGUUCUUCUCAACCUUCUUCAUGUCUGCCUUCCUUAAACAAUUUAAGACAAGUCGUUAUUUCCCCACCAAGGUGCGGUCCAUGAUCAGUGACUUUGCAGUGUUCCUCACCAUUGCUGUCAUGGUUCUGCUUGACUAUGCAAUUGGCGUUCCCUCCCAGAAGCUGAAGGUUCCCAGCAAAUUCCAGCCCACCAGAGAUGAUAGAGGUUGGCUUAUCAGUCCAAUUGGGCGCAACCCAUGGUGGACGGUCCUGGCUGCAGCUAUUCCUGCAGUUCUCUGCACCAUCCUCAUCUUCAUGGACCAACAGAUCACUGCUGUCAUCAUAAACCGCAAAGAGCACAAGCUACUGAAAGGUUGUGGGUACCAUCUCGACCUGCUGAUGGUGGGGGUGAUGCUGGCUGUGUGCUCCAUCAUGGGCCUGCCCUGGUUCGUAGCAGCCACCGUCCUAUCCAUCUCACACGUCAACAGCCUGAAGCUGGAAUCAGGGAGCUCGGCACCUGGAGAACAGCCACGCUUUCUGGGCAUCAGAGAGCAGAGAUUAACAGGCCUGGUCAUCUUCUUGCUCAUGGGCUGCUCUGUUUUCAUGACUGGAGCCCUGCAGUUCAUUCCUAUGCCAGUGUUGUAUGGUGUGUUCCUUUACAUGGGAGCCUCUUCAUUGAAAGGGAUCCAGUUUUUUGACCGUCUGAAGUUGUUCGGCAUGCCAGCCAAGCAUCAGCCAGACUUCAUCUACCUGCGUCAUGUGCCUUUGAGGAAAGUGCACCUGUUCACUGUCACCCAGCUCACCUGUCUGGUGCUGCUCUGGGUCAUCAAGACUUCCCCUGCUGCUAUCGUUUUCCCCAUGAUGGUGUUGGCUCUUGUUUUUAUCCGCAAGCUGUUGGACUUGUGCUUCUCUAAACGAGAGCUAAGUUACCUGGAUGAUUUGAUGCCUGAGUGGAAGAAAAAAACCCUCGAUGAUGCCUCCAAAAAGACAGAUGAGGAAUCACAGGUUAUGCUCAGUGCCAAGACGGAUGAUACAACUUCUGUUCAGAUUUCCAUGGAGAGCAGCAAGCCAGCUCAGACUCCAAAAGCACAUGACCCCAGGUGUGACCCCUCUGAUAUUAAUAUAUCUGAUGAAAUGUCUAAAACCACCGUGUGGAAAUCCCUAACCUCCAAUCAAAGGGACACUCGUCCUGUGGCUGCUAAGAAGGAUUGAAGGGAUGGAGUUCAUAGACGAAUAAAGGAUAUCCACAGCCUGGCAGGCUCAGCUGUGUCACAUGACUGCAGCUCUGGACCACGGGACACUGUGAUCUGGAGGCUUUGACUGUCAGCCACUUCAGUGCUUAAGAUAAAAGUCUUGAUGAUUUCUACCAGCUACACGCAACACAUAAUACUGAUAACACAAAAGACGUACCUGCAUGCUCUUCUAUCUUUGUGAGGACUCACUUCCCAAAACCAAAACUCUGACCGUAAUUCUGACCCUUUGAGCAGACACUAAUUGCACCAACCUUUUAAACCAAACACAACAGCCAUGUAAAAAAGUGGAAAACCUUCAUCUUAACUGUCCUCAUCUUCUAUGUUCAGAAAGCCUUUGGUGAUGAGUUCUGGCUUGUACACUGCCUUUGGCUUUCCAUCUAAGAUGUGAGGUUGAAUGAUGAUACAAAGGGGGAAACUUUCCCCUGUGGCUGGUAAAAAAUGAAAUAGUAUUUGAAUGGCUCAGUUUGAGUUAAAUUGUGUAGAGCAAUGGGACAGGCUUUGGUAAUGUAAUCUAGCGACAGAUCCUGGAUUUUAUCCGCCUACAUUGGCAGUAAAUAAUGGAGGACACUGUGACAACUGCUGGCAGCCACAGUGAUUCACUUAGAUAUGGGGACAUUUGUUGAUUCACAGCUGAAAGCCCUGCAUUUAUUUAAUACCCAUUGGGAGGUAACAUCUCAAUCUGCCAAACUCUGUCACCCGUCUAUUCCCAAAGUGUCAACCAAAAAGUGUGGCUGGUUUGUUUUUAGCUCUCAGGGACACAGCUGCUGUUGGUCUAUAAAUAUAGUCUUUACUGCCCAACAUCAAUGAAACAGUCCAUCGUAAAUUAUUUUGUAUUCCUUAGGUUAAUGCCAGAGCUUACCAUGGCUAUAGACUUGAUCUAGCACAGAUAAUAAGAUCAUACUAAAGCAUUCUAAAAUAACAGGCCAGGGAAAAAUUAUUCCGUCAAAAAGCUUACAAUGGCCACUGUUUUCUGAUCCUUAAGGAAGGUAUUGAUUUAACUUUCGGAGAAUGUAGCUUUUGGCACUGUU